GAGUAAGAGAGCCAGGGAACCGGGGGCCUGGGAACAGAAGAGCCUCCGGCUCCAGACAGCAGCCCCCAUCUCGGGGAGUUCUGGAUAAUCUGCAGCAGAAACCCAGCUGCAGUGUGAGCCGCCUGACACCCUGAGGGAGGAUGUGUGCGCGGACCCCAGCUUCAUGAUGAAGAUGGACACCCAGGGCUUCGCCCCCGAGGAGCUGUGCGUGCAGGUGGACGGCCAGAACCUGACAGUGACCGGCGAGCGGCAGCUGCAGCACAACGACGGCAGCGGAGGCGCCUUCCUCGUGUGCCACCAGGUUCACCAGCAAGUGCAGCUGCCCCCGGACCUGGACCCCACCUCCAUGACCUGCAACAUGUCGCCCUCCGGCCAGCUGUGCUUCCACGGCCCCUACCGCUUGCCGCAGACCACUCCUUCAGCCCACGGCCCUGUAGGCCACUCCCCGGGACUCAGACGCCAGGGUGCCCGGAGGAUCCAUCACUAG